AUGUUGACAAUUCAAAUCAAGCCGUCACCUUUCAAAUACGCGAAAUGGCUAUUCUUGUGUACGCUUUUAAGAUUUAUCCUGUGGAUUUUGAUUCUUGUAAUCUAUUACAAUGAAAAAACCGGAGAGAAAUAUAAUUUCAAUGCAGCAGAUUAUUAUGUUUUCGCAUCGAUUUAUCUGAUUCUCGCAUGCUGCUUAUUGGUUUUUUUCUUCACAGAAUGUGCAAAAAGAUAUAUUAUUUUUUGUUACAUUCAGAUAAUUAUGGCAAUUAGUAUGACAGUUUACUUCUAUCUUCCAUUAAUCACAGGUGUCGAAGCGGACGCGGUCAACUUUCAUCAGAAGCAGUUUUUCACGACUCAUCUUCGAUACAAUCUUUAUUACCCAUCCCUAUUAAUCAACUAUCUCAUUUGCAUAUACUUCUUCCGAAAAUCUGCGCGCUAUCAUCUGGAGAACAUAAAAAAUGACAUGUUUUAUAAACACUGA